AUGCCUUCUACCACGGCUAAUAAUACCACGCCUAAAAAAGAACCAGAUAUUAUAGUAUUUAAUGAUAGUUAUCUUAAAAAGGCAUCAAAAAGUGGUUCAAAUAUUAUUGAAUGGAAAUCAUUUAUGUCGGCUAAAGUUUCUAAAAUGAAUGAAAAAUCCCAAAUAUCAUCGGCAACUAAAAUUAUUAAAGAAUUAGAAGAGGAGAGGAUAAAUAAACAGAAUGAUAAAGAAUUGGAGGAAUUAUUAAAAACCACUCAAUUAUUAGAGAAAUAUACCGCCGAAUAUUUAACAGGAAAAGAUCGUAGGAAAUAUAACGAACGAAAAAUGUUUGAAUUAGGCGCCAAGGCCAAGAAAGGUCUGAAAAUCCCAACACCAAUUUCUUUAGGAAUUCAAUCAAAACGACAAGAGAGAGAAAAAAAAGAACUCGAAGAGGCAAAGAAUCUUGGACUUUACCAUCAAUCGAUAAAACAUAAUUGGGUAUCAUCAUCAUCAAAGCCACAACAACGCAAGUGA